GCUUCUUAAUCUCAGUAUAUCAUUUGGUUGCCCCUUCCUUUCACUCACUUUACCUUUCGUCUGCCUCUGAUUUUUCAUCUGAAAUCUAGGUUUUAUCCCCGUUUUUCCCCAUAUCUGAUGGCUUCACCGUCUCAAGCUAGCCUCCUCCUUCAGAAACAGCUCAAAGAUCUGUGCAAAAACCCUGUGGAUGGUUUUUCUGCUGGUUUGCUGGAUGAGAGCAACCUGUUUGAAUGGAGUGUUACCAUAAUCGGACCACCAGACACUCUUUAUGAAGGGGGUUUCUUCAAUGCGAUCAUGACUUUCCCCUCGAACUACCCAAAUAGUCCCCCUACUGUGAGAUUUACCUCAGAGCUUUGGCAUCCUAAUGUUUAUCCCGAUGGGAAGGUUUGUAUUUCAAUUCUUCACCCCCCUGGAGAUGAUCCAAAUGGCUAUGAGCUUGCUAGUGAGCGGUGGUCUCCUGUCCACACGGUGGAGAGCAUUGUUCUAAGCAUCAUAUCAAUGCUGUCAAGCCCUAAUGAUGAGUCUCCGGCCAAUGUUGAAGCUGCUAAGGAGUGGAGAGAACAAAGAGAUGAUUUCAAGAAGAAAGUUAGUCGAUGCGUGAGAAAGUCUCAAGAAAUGCUGUGACAAAUUCACGACUGUUGCUCAGCGCUAUAAAAGAGAAGUCUGGGGUCAAGUGAAGAAUAUAGGCUUCUUCUGGCUCAAGUUUCCAACAAACAAUGCAGUUUUAAAAGACCACAACUUUUUUUUUUUUUUUUUU